AUGGAUGGCAUCCAAGCUCUGCAAAUUGAUGACGAAGAUGAACCAACCAUCUUUGAAGUCAUUGGACAACAUCCAAAUUUCAAGCGUAACGUCCUUCAAGCCAAUGCUGAAAAGUCUAGCAGCUUUCUGGGCAAGGAAUACGUUGGAGUCAUCGGUAAAUCCGACAUCCAAAGAAUCAAAAACGUCGCGUCAACAAUUAACGUUGACAACGAGACAGUGGAAUGGGAUUGCCAGGACUACGUGCUCGGGACCCUUGAUAAGCUGGAAGAGGAAUUUGUUUUGGACGAGGAUGAUCAGGAUUACCGUGAUGCUCGAAGCAUUUUGAAGAGAAAAAGGGGUGCAAUCAUCUGA